AUGGUCAACCGAAGAAUCAGCGCGGACCUCAAAGAAUGUGCUCUUAGGCUUUGGGAGAUUGGAUGGGACAUACCAUUGAUUGUUGAGUGCUUAUGUGUCUCUCGGACAAGCCUUUACCAAUGGCGUGCAAUCUUCUCGGAGCUCCAGACUGUCAACCGCCCUCGUUCUCCCACUAUUGGUCGCCCGAGGAUCAUUGUUCGUGCUGUUCUCACUGCUAUCCAGGAGGUAUAUCACAAUGAGGCCGACACCUAUCUUGAUGAGCUUAUCUGGUGGCUUGCUAUCAACCACAACAUUGCGAUCUCCUGGAGCGCACUCCACAAAAACCUGCAAGAUGCUGGCCUCACGAGAAAGCUGCUGCACAAAAUCGCAAAGGAACGGGAUGAAGAGGUCCAGGCAGAGUUCAUGGAGGUCAUCCAUGACCACUCUGCAGGCACUGGCGACGAAUUUCUGUUCAUCGACGAAAUGAGCAAGAAUGAUCACGAUACAGCUCGGCAUUAUGGAUAUAUGCCUAUAGAUGAUAAAUGUAUUGCUACACUUUAA